AACAGUACCAGUAGCAAACAGUACGCUGCUCCAGGAAGGUGAUCUAGUGCAAAUAGGAAAACAAACCGAGAUUUGGAAAAACAUCCCUGAAGUUUCAUAGCAUAAAGCAACGUAAAGUAAAUUCCUAUUAUUAUGUACGACUAGUAAAAAUGCUGAAAAUGAUAUGCAUAUGCAAGAAAAGCUGAAUGGAAAAUCUUCAAUAUUUAGUGUCAAAAUUUAUGUGAUCUGAUUUGCGCAUGUUCUGAGAGAAAUGGAGCAUUCAUAGGAAAACACUUAUUCGCGUGUUUUUGUUGUCAGUGUAAAAUUGGUGAUAACAAAUAUCGUUUAUCGCUCAAUAUUUAGUUUUUCCAAUGAAAGGUGUUGUGUCAUGAUUAAGCUCUUUUCUAAAUAAAACAAGAACAAGAGAAAUGUGUACCAAAUUAAUCGACACAAAAACGGUACGAACCAGAGAUAGAAGUCAAGAAUUACACGAUUUUCCAAACAAUACAAAAAAUGAUCCUAUGAAUGGUUUUGUGCCUAGUUGCAACGAAGAAACGAUUGAAUCCAAUGUCGAAUUAGUUAAAUCAUCGGAAAAUGACGAGAAAGGCAACUUUAAUACGAAAAGUAGUAAAUCUAUCGUAGUUAAUUUUGCUUCUGGUACUAUGACUAGAAGCUCAAUACAGCAUCAAUGUGUUGGCAAUACCUCACCUCACGUACAAAUAUGGAGUGCGAAACAUAAUCAUUACCGGAUAUGGAUAUCAGUGAUUUGUGUUUCACUUUUGUUCGUCGGGCUAGUAAUUGGUUAUGUACUUUCGCCUUUACUAGGACAAGGCUGUUCACUCGGGCAGAGCAGUGAAAGUAAACGACAAAUUUGCCUAUCAGAGGAGUGUGUGAGGACAGCAUCCUCAUUGCUUGCGGCGAUGGAUCGAACGGUUGAUCCAUGUGUGGACUUUUUUCAGUUUGCUUGUGGAACAUGGAACAAGAAACACGUGAUACCCGAAGAUAGAAGUUCGAUAAGUACUUUUGAAGUUCUAGCUGAUCAACAACAAAUGAUAUUAAAAGGAGUUUUAGAAGAACAGGCUGAUGUCAAUGAUAACCAAGCAACUAUUAAAGCAAAAAUGUUCUACAAAAGCUGCAUGGAUUUACAGCAAAUACGCCGAAUUGGGAUAAAACCUUUACGUUAUGUACUCAAGCUUCUUGGUGGUUGGCCUGUAAUAGAGCAAGAAUGGGUGCCUCCAACUACUAGUGUGGAAUACUUACUGGGUCUGUUGAGGGGAGUCUAUAGUGAACCUGUACUUGUUGAACUGUAUGUUGGUGCCGAUGAUAAAAAUUCUUCCAGAAACAUUUUACAGAUUGAUCAACUGGUUCUUGCACUGCCAUCGCGUGAUUAUUAUCUGAAGACUAGCAGUGAAGGUGAUCUUAAGGCGUAUCACCGCUAUAUGACACAGAUUGCAAUAUUGCUUGGCGGUGAUUCUGGAAGAGCUUCAAAGGAACUACUGGAUGUAAUCAACUUCGAAGUACGGUUAGCAAAUGCAUCUCUGCCAGAAGCUGAUAGACACGACACCAGUGCUAUUUACAAAAAAAUUACUUUACAUCAACUUCAGCACGAAGUACCACAAAUCAAUUGGAGAGAGUAUUUGCAAACUACUUUGGGGAAUGUAAAGCUUGAAGACGAUGAGGAAAUCGUCAGCUACGCAAUGCCUUAUUUAAUAGAGAUGGGACGAAUACUGAAUGAAACUGACACCCGAAUCAUUCAUAAUUAUGCAAUUUGGCGAUUCGUGAUGUCUAUAAUGACUCAUAUGAUCGACGACUAUCAAAAAGAAAGAGUUGAGUUCAAAAAAAUAUUACUAGGUAUUCAAUCGGAACGACACAGAUGGUCGCAGUGUGUUGAAUGGACAAACAAAAAACUAGGAAUGGCAGUUGGAGCUUUAUUUAUUCGAGACAAUUUCAACCAUGAUAGCAAGGAAACUGCACUGGAAAUGAUACAUACCAUAAGAGAAGCAUUUAAUGAGCUUUUAGCAGAUAAUCAUUGGAUGGAUGAUGAAACUCGAUCCGUUGCCAAAGAAAAAGCAGACGAUAUGAAUGAAAGAAUUGGCUAUCCUGAAAUAUUAACAAAUUCUGUGGAACUCGAUAAAGAAUACAUAAACUUAACAAUUUCGAAGGAUCAAUUUUUGAACAACAUUCUUAAAAUACUCAAAUGGGAAGCUGAACGUAAUAUGCAAAUGUUAAGAAAGCCAGUCGAUAAAGAUAAAUGGACGACAGAACCAGCAGUAGUAAACGCAUUUUAUAAUCCCAACAAAAAUGAUAUAGUGUUUCCAGCCGGAAUAUUACAACCACUGUUUUACAGUCAACAUUUUCCCAAAUCGCUCAAUUAUGGUGGAAUUGGUGUUGUAAUUGGCCAUGAAAUCACACACGGAUUUGACGAUAAAGGACGGCAAUUCGACAAGGAUGGAAAUAUGAUGCAAUGGUGGAAUAACGCCACCAUUAAAGCUUUUCGCGAAAGAACUCAGUGUAUAAUAGAUCAAUAUUCUCGCUAUAAAAUAAAUGAAGUUAAUUUAUAUAUGAAUGGGAGAAUGACUCAAGGAGAAAACAUAGCUGAUAAUGGUGGACUGAAGCAAUCAUUCCGGGCUUAUCGGAAGUGGGUCAACCUUCAUGGACCAGAACUGGAGCUUCCUGGCAUGAACAUGACGCAUGAUCAAUUAUUUUUCUUGAAUUACGCCCAAAUUUGGUGUGGUUCUAUGCGCCCAGAGGAUGCUUUGACCAAAAUACGAUCAUCAGUGCAUUCGCCAGGUAUCGUGCGAGUGAUUGGCCCACUUUCGAAUUCCAAAGAUUUUGCAGAAGCAUAUAAUUGCUCGCUAGGAUCGCCAAUGAAUCCAGUCAACAAAUGUAGUGUGUGGUAAAAUUAUUUUGUUACGAUUUGUUAUAUAGAUAAGAAUCGUUUAUCGACGUGAUAUUUAUUUAUGGCUACUUUGUUUUGUAAUAUAGAGUUUAAGCAAAAUGUUGGAACAUUUCAAAUUUAAAUUUAUUAUAGCACAAAUAUUCUAAAGAUUUUAUACACAGAGAUCUAAAUUUCAAAGUAUACAAAACUUCUAUUUUUUAAAUUCUCUGACAGAGGUUUUGGGGGCAACUCGAAGUUUUAAAAGCAUGAUAUGUAUUAGUGUGAACAUUCUCCGUUUACCAAAUACAUCGAGCGCCUAUCUUUAUUUAAUCAUUAUUGCCCUAGUUUUUUUGUAUAAAAUAUAUUUUUAUACUCUAUAUAAGCCUACUUAAUUUUUUUGCUGAAUCUCAAUUCAUUACAUUUUUCAACGAGAUCUUAACAGCUGAGAACCCAGUAAUCAAUAUUUUUUGCUGAGAUCUUAGUAAAAGUGUCGUUGUUUUAGCUGAGAUUCAGAAAAUAAUUUGCAGAAAAUAAACAAAGAAAUUUGCGGAAAUUACCGGGCUGAAUUGAGUAUGUAGUAAAACUAUUUGUUGAGCAACAGUUUUGGAGAAGUAUAUAGUAAGUUAUUUAUUCCAACUACCACAUAUAGUAGGUUGAAGCGCCUCGAAUUAAAAAUAUUUCUCGGGAUUUUUGCUUUCGAGUUUUGAGAAUUCGGAUAUCCCGGGAUAACUAUAUUGAAAUAGGAAGUAGGCAGUAAUAGUAAAUCAUAUGUUUUAUUCAUGCUCGAAGAUUAAUUGUUUUUAAUUUUGUAACUAAUGGAACCAUGAUGAAUGACUGCUAUUUAAAAGCGCUGGAACUGAGUAAAUAUUUUCAAUUACCUAUUAAAUAUUUAUAAGGUCCUGCGCGUCUUUGUGCACAAGUCUUCAAAAAACAAGUCUGGAAGUCUGAUAUCAAUAGAUUCCCUAAUGCAAUGGAAAGGUUUCUUAGUUAUUAAUGGUUUCGCCAUCAAAAAAUUCCAAAUUCUUGCAACUCACCUAAUGUAGCUCUUAUAUUCUGUAAAUAUCACUACCCUUAGAUUACCAAAUAAGGUGCUCUGUAUUCAAUUCAAAAGAAUGCACGAAACACGAAUACCAAUUUUGUACAGCAACUUAAGCAGCUACGUUCGGUAUGAUCAUCUCAAUCGUAAUGGCUGUUACCAUAAUUUAGAUGAGUGACAAAAUAAAUCAACGUGCAGGAAUGAAUGAAUGAUUUGUAGUCCACAAAACAGUUUUAUACUUACAACUGCGUAACACUCUUCUUUUUUGUAAAUCUUUAUUCUGUAUUCGCGGGAUCCGGGAAAUGACCGGGAUUCGUACAAGUUUAGAGCGUAUUUUUAGCGAUUAAAAUUUACGAUAACGAUCUAUGCGAAGCGUGUUUAAAUGGUAGGAAUGGGUCAAUGUGAUCAAAAAAAUGUAUAUCCGCAUAUUAUCAAGAAUUGUAUAGCAAAAAUUUAUUUUCGCUCUUUCUCGCAUUCAGCCAAAACUCUCGGUAGUAAAGGUUCACUUAUUUUUACCUACAUUAUUUUGAAGUACAAAUUCCGCUUGAAGCUCACGUACCUGAAUGUGUUUAUCAUCCGGCACAUUUUUCUCUAUUAUUUAAGUUUUUUAUGUGGAUUAUAGAGAUUUUAUGGCAGUGUGCAUGGUUGGGAAUCGAACCCAAGUGAGCUGUAAACAAGGCAGUUGACUAACCAACUACGCAAUGCCCUCUUCUAGAUUUUAGUUUUUUUUUCUAAAAAUAAUGUUUAAUACGUGGGUACACAUUCAAACAUUAUACACUAGUACACAAGUAGAUAAUAACAUUCAUACACUGGGCAUCGAACCCCGGUGAGCUGCGUACUGGGCAAUCGAUUUACCAACAACGCUAUGCCCGCUCCCUACAUUUAAUUUACUAUUUUUGCUUUACUUUGCUAAACUGCAUUUUUCAAGGAACAUUAAAGUACUGCUUGUCAUAUAAGUAAGGUCACAUUUUUCUUGUGAUUAUAAAAGGCAAAAAAAUAAAAAAGAACGCCGAUAGGGGCUGUGAACCAUUGAGUGAUGUCUCGAAUGCUUAAAUAAAUCCACAUCAUGAAAUGACCCAAACAAGCUUGACACAACAUGUUUCAGUUUUCAUCUAUCGGCCUUCACUUUCAAUUCCAAAAUCUUGACAAUCUCAAUCAAGCACAGACAAAUGUGUCUACUUUUCAUUCUGGAUCAUGCGUAAAAAUUUGAACUGUCCCACUAUCAAAUUUAGCCAUGCUUCAGAGCAAAUCACUUAUUAACUGUCAAAUUUGAACCAAUAGUUAAAUAAAACUCGUCAAAUGGUUCACAGCCUUAAGUCUCUUCAAGAUUUCCACAUGUAUUAUAGGAUAGAUGAGCCCCAAUUCAUCUCAACUCCUCCAAUUUUCUCAUUUCCUGUAGACACAACUUUAAACAAAAAAUACAACACCAUUUUACAGUAUCAGCAAUUUAUCUAGUGAAAUAAAUUAAUGUUUAAGCAUUCAUGGAAUAAGCUAUGCAAACUUGUAAUUAUUAAAAAAUAUUGCGCUCAAAAUAUUAUUCGGUUUCUUACCUUGAAAUUAUCGGUGAGACGAAUUUCUUCAUCGCUGUUGAGCUAAUCAUCUCAACACUUUUCACCUAAUUACACCAUCACACUAUUAAAUCACCAAAUUUUUUCCACUUAAUAUUUUUCAUUUAGUUUUAAAAAAAUCUCUCAUUUCAAAACUCAAAACAAUUAAUUCAGAACAAGAAUAGAAUGAAUGAUAUUUUUCGCCUCAAAACACUGUUUGCAUAUACUCAAGCAUACACAGGGUUGCCAUGUUCCAUGGAUAGGUUAUUUAUCAAUUAUGGUACGAAAUAAUGUUGAAUUAUGUUGAACAUUCUUCAUGUCGAUACGUAUGACCGCUUUGAUUUCGAUUUUUGCCUUUCUCAUAUAAAGAAAGGCUACGCAACCACUCCGAAAAUCGAUUUUCCAACUGAGGCCCGGAGGGACGAGUGUCAUAUCCCAUUCGAUUCAGUUCGUCGAGAUCGCAAAAUGUCUGUGUGUAUGUAUGUGUGUGUCAAAUAAUGUCACUCAAUUUUCUCAGAGAUGGCUGACCCGAUUUGCACAAAUUUCAAAUGGACGGUAUAACGGUCCCAUAAGACGCUAUUGAAUUUUUAUUUGAUAGGACUUUCGGUUCCGGAGUUACGGGCUGAAGAGUGCGGUCACACAGCAAAUUCCCAUGUCCGAAUGAUGUAAUACAUAUUCAAAUACGUUCAACAGUACUUGAUUUUGCGGGUCUACAUUACUGAUGGACAAUCAAAAUAGUUUUGGUCACCAAUGACGGAUCUCGAUGCCCCCGGGGAACUCGUUAAGUUCCCGAGCUAAUGUCACAGCUAUUUUCCAGCAAACUCUUAAGCGAUUUUUACAAACUUGAUUUCAAAUGAAAGAUAUAAUACUCCCAAUAACUGCCGCUGAAUUUCAUUUAGUUCUGACUUUUGGCUCCGGAGUUACAGGUUUGUUAUUGCGGUCACAUAGUAAUUUCUCAUAUGAACUUGUACAAUCGUAAUACCUCAAAGGCCACUUCGGUGAUGACUAAACCAAUUUUCACUAACCUAGUCCAAAUGGAUGGUAUAAUAUGAAGUUCGGUGUUGAACCCUCCAUCUACUCCUCCACCUCCUACCUCUCGACCCCCCUUCCCCUUCUCUUACCAACCCCCCUCCCCCAUCAGACCAACCUCCCUCCUGCAUUCCCUUCGUCCACCCCGUAUACUAACAUAAGUUAGAUGAUUCCCGAUGCAUCCUCCCCCUCCCACUAAUUAUAUCCCUUCCCUUCUCCACCAUGAAGUUGACAUGAAGACAACAUUAAACUCACGCUGAUUAAGCGAUAUAAAUAUUAUAUUUUUGUUUCAAUUAUGUCAGUGUCAGUGUCGACAUGUUGCUUCUCAGGUUCGUGACAGUCGUACACUUAUAUAUGCUUAUCAAGUAUGAAGAAUGUAAUAGACAUUUCCACAAUGUUAAAUUGAACGUAAUGAGUCAUUAAAUCAUAAGUUUAGAUAAAUCAGAAAGGCAUAAUUGCACCACUAGGUGGAUUAAAACAGGUUUUUGUUAUGUCAUGGGUGUAGGGUAUAUUAGUAGUUCGUUAUACCCCAGUAAAAUCCGUCGAAAUUUGUUUAAGUAUUUAAUUUCAUCCGAAACCAGCAGAAAUUUGGAAUCAAGUUCUGAAUGAGUUUGGUUGGGAGCCGCUAGUGCGCUAAGACGAUUUCGCUAGAUUUUCAAAGCAGCGUGCACUAGCGCGACUCACGGGAGGUUAACUAGGAUACAUUGAAUUGAAAACAGGACACGGUAUCGAAGUUUUACUGUUCGAGUUUUGCAGGUCGAUUGUUCAUAUGCAGCAAGCUAAGUUUGCUUAAUACUUUCACUGAGUAUUCAGUUUACGAAAAUAAUCAUUUUUUUCUACAAACGACUAAUACGAUGAGUAAGGGAACGUCUACCCUACAAUUAUACAUUAUAUGUUAAAGUGAAACGACGUCCUAGAUUAGGCGGGACAGUCCUGGAUUUCAAGAUCUUGUCUCGCAAGCGCAUUUACCAAAAUGCUGGUUGUUAUUCUAAAAUACCCAUAUUGAAUAUUCAUAUUGUGCAAAACACUUAUACAAGUUUGAGUCGUGUGUCCAAUCUCGUAACUACGUGGGAAAUGUUAAAAUUGAGCCAAUUGAUUUUGAUUGUCAAGGUGGCCUUUUCGACUACUAUUAUGACCCACGUCGUAAAUCUUUACCAAAAGUUUCUCAAUCUUACACUAGUUGUGCAAAAUUGAGAAAACAUACAUCCUUAAUAGGUUUGUAAAGCACAUCCUGCAUUCGUCGUGAAAAUUUUAAUUUUAAUUACAUUUUUGUGUGCUUUAUAUUCAUCGUGUUUAUUCCAAAAUAUCGCAUGGUGCAAAUCUGAUAUCUGGUUUUAGUGAGAAGUAGGCAGUCGCAUAGUAUGCGUCUGUAUGUUUCCUCUACAUAAGUGGCGUAGCCAGAAGCUCAGUGUUGAGUUUACUAACAAGAAGAAUUAAUAUAAAACAGCUUUCAAAACUCCAUAGAUGACUUUCUUUUAUAAGUUAAUGAGGUAGAAAAAUAUGCACUUCCAAAUCGUAAUAACUAUUCGAAAACUUUUCUCACAGUCAAAAUGACCUAAUUCCAAAACCGCUAUCUUUGAAGGUUGAUAAAUUUCGAAGUUUUUCAACAUAAAACAGCGCAUCAACGAUAUUCUCGAAAUUUUCCUAAACCCAAUCCAGGUUUUCUUUCAUAAAUAGUCUAAUAUAUUUCAAUACCCUGAACAUAUAGAGUAUUCAUGUCUUCAACAAAGUUGUUUGUGGUAGCACUCUCGAACACUAUGCUGAAGAAAUUAAGUCUCGAUUUAAAUUUAUAUGAAAAGUAUAUUCUUCAUAAUUGUUUCUAGGAGGAUUUAACAUCAUAAUUAUAUUAUCAGAAGAUGUACUGUUUUACGGCGUAAAAUUUUUGGAAGAUACUAAACCUCCAAAGUUGACGGUUUAGAAAUGUCUUAAGCGCCUUCCGGAUCUGUUAGUUAGAUCAGGUAUGACUAAUCGGCAUACUAUCAGUGAAUGUAUUCUUUAAUAUGGACGUGUAUGGAUUAACAUUGCACCCAAGGCAAUCGUUGAUGUCGAAUUCAUUGCCACUGUGAUGUACAAAAGAGCCACAGUAUGAACUAUGUUCGGAUUUGUCUAAACGUCUUUUUUUAAUUUAAUUUAAGCGUUUGCGAUGAGCACGAUAUCCCCGCAAUCAAGUUAUUUCAUACUAUAACUUGCUAUAAGUUGAAAAAAGGGAUUUACACUCAAAGAAUUAUUACGAAAAGGUCCGUUCAGAGUAGUAUAUUUUAUCGCGAUAUCCAUUUUUAGGUAGAUCUCGAAAUUUGUGCAAUCCCGAUUGUCGGGAUUUUAGUUUUAUCAUUUCCGUGGGUCCCAGGAAGACAUGUCCAAAUAAAUUUUUCUUCCGUAGCAUUUUUUGAAGUAGCAUAACUCCAGUAUAUUUCAGCCAAUGACCAGAUUAGAUCGUCGAUUUCUCAUGAAGCUAGAUACCAGCAUUCCGUAAAUCAGUCGUGAAUCUACAAUUUUAAUCAUGCAGAUGAAGAACAUGAUUUAUGACAACUGCGCGAAAAAUUAUAUUUCAAUUAUCAAUUGACCGUCAAUCGGACAUCUAACGACUAUCAUAAUAAGAAACAUUUUUAAACGUCCGAUGAAAAUGUUCUUGUACUUUUUGUUAUAUUAUUUAUUUGCAACCUAUUUGCAACGAACCUACACACAAGAAACCGGUAUUUUGGUGAUAUAACCGGGAUAUCAUAAUUAAACGGAAAAUGUACUUUUUCGUUUCUCGAAUUCCAGGCAGCUAGAAAUGGCAGAAGACGGUUGCUCAAAUUCAGAGUUUCUCAAAUUGAAAUCAGUGUUAUUGUCGGCAAUAAUACACAGCAUAGUCAUAUGGGGUAUAUUAUUUGUAGAAUUCAUGUGUUAGAAUUUCUCAUAUAUUAUCAAUUAACGGUCUUUACUCAGUGAAUAAAUUAGUAGUAACCAAAUAUCAGUAAAUAUGCAUAAUAUAUACAUAUGUUACAAUUCUAUUAUUUCGUUCUAAUUGGAAUCAUGCGGAAUAUAUUUCUUUGCAUCACAUUUUUUUGCAAUAACAAAUUUUAUUUAUCCCUGUUGUUUGCAUUAUAUACCGUUUAUACAAACAAUCUAGUUAAGUAUUUUUUCUGUCGGAAAUUUUUAAAGUUACUUGUCAAGUGGAACAAGAAACUAGAGGAAUCACAAAAUUAACUUGCUUUAAAGGUGGGUUAUCAUUGCCAUUCAUGAUUUCGGCGAUAUUUGUCUGAAAAUAGUACUGGUGAUUAUUUCCAAUGUUUCAAUGUUUGCGAACAUAUGUGCUUGUCGUAGUCUCCAUUUUGGUCACAAUUCCUCUAUCUCUGCAGUUGAUAUUUUUGAAUGUGGAAAUUUCGAGCGAAUCUGAAUAAUUUUUAGUAAAGAUUUCCGAUAUAAAUACUAUAAAUUUGCACUUUACAACUGUACAACUGUACUCUAAGUAUGCAUACAAUGAUUAAACAUGUAUCACUUUUAACUACACUAGUACCAAUAAAGUGCCAAAUACGAUGAAAAAGUAGGGAAACAAAACUGUAAUGAUAAAUUUUCACAGAGCACUCUAUAAUAGCUAUAAAAAUAUAAUUCGAUCAUACUAUUUAGUAAUUGUCAAAUAAAUAAAAUGAAAUGAAUGUCAUUAUAUUUGUGAACAAAACGUUUUUAAAAAUAUAUUACACUU